AUUAUAAUCAAUCACUCAAAAUACAUACACUAUAACACAUAAUACAAAUCAAAAGGAUUGGUUUGUCCCUCUUGUUCUUCAAUGGCUUUAUAUUCUCAUAUAUAUCUUGUUCUUUAUAUAUCCUUGGUUUCUUCUAUUGUGUGUCAAGUUACAGAAUUCAUCAGUAUAGAUUGUGGAAGUACAAGUAAUUAUACUGAUAAAAGAACUGGGCUAGAAUGGAUUUCAGACAAUGGUAUCAUGAAUCAUGGAAAAUCAGUAGAAGUAAAAAAUCCAGAUGGAUACUGGGCACAGUAUGGAAAACGCAGAGACUUUCCUAUAGACAGCAAGAAGUAUUGUUACAAUCUAGGCACAAAAGAAAGAAGGCGGUAUCUUGUUCGUGCAACAUUUCAGUAUGGAAGCUUGGAAAACGAAGAUUCUUACCCGAAAUUUGACCUCUACUUGGAUGCAACUAAGUGGUCAACUGUGACAGUAUUGGAAGCUUCAAGAAUAUAUGUUAAAGAAAUGAUCAUCAGGGCUCCGUCGAGUUCUAUUGAUGUGUGCAUCUGUUGUGCUACAACUGGUUCUCCAUUCAUAUCUACUCUUGAGCUUAGACCUCUGAAUCUCUCAAUGUAUGCAACCGAUUAUGAAGAUAGAUUUUUCUUGAAGUUAGCAGCUAGAGUAAAUUUUGGUGCUCCAGAUGAGUUUGCAUUAAGGUAUCCAGAUGACCCCUAUGAUAGAAUUUGGGACUCAGAUCUUGCUAAAAGGCAAAAUUUCCUUGUGGGGGUGGCUCCUGGAACAGUUAGAAUCAAUACAUCAAAGAAUAUAGAUAUUCAGACAAGAGAAUACCCUCCUGUCAAAGUAAUGCAAACAGCUGUUGUUGGCACAGAAGGAUUGCUUAGCUACAGAUUGAACCUUGAAGAUUUUCCUGCAAAUGCUCGUGCUUAUGCAUAUUUUUCUGAAAUUGAAGAUUUGGGAUCAAAUGAGACUAGAAAGUUCAAACUAAUGAAACCUUAUAUCUCUGACUAUAGUAAUGCAGUUGUAAAUAUUGCAGAAAAUGCCAAUGGGAGUUACAGACUUUAUGAACCAAGCUAUAUGAAUGUGACUUUAGAUUUUGUUCUGUCAUUUUCAUUUGUUAAGACCCGUGAUUCUACUCAAGGACCACUGAUAAAUGCCAUUGAGAUUAGCAAGUACCUGAAGAUUGAAUCAAAGACUGAUAUUCAAGAUGCAAAUGUACUGAAUGCCUUUCGUUCUAUAUCUGCCGGAAGUUAUUGGACAACUGAAGGAGGUGAUCCUUGUGUUCCAGCUCAGUGGGAAUGGGUGAAUUGCUCCUCAACAUCUCCACCAAGAAUCACAAAAAUUGCAUUGUCAGGAAAGAAUUUGAAAGGGGAGGUCCCACCUGAGAUUAAUAACAUGGUGGAAUUGUCAGAACUGUGGUUGAAUGAUAACUUCCUCACAGGACCACUGCCAGAUAUAAGCAAUCUAAUUAAUUUGAAAAUUGUGCAUCUAGAGAACAACAAACUGUCUGGUUCAUUACCUAAGUAUCUUGGUAGUCUGCCAAACUUAAGAGAACUGUACAUACAGAAUAACUCCUUUGUUGGGAAAGUACCUGCAGCACUGUUGACUGGGAAAGUAAAUCUUAAUUAUGAAGAUAAUCCUGGACUACAUAAAGAGGUAGCAAAAAAGAUGCAUUUUAAGUUGACUCUUGGAAUCUCAAUUGGUGUACUUGCAAUUCUGUUAGUCCUACUAUUAGGAACUUUAAUUUACCUACGCAGACUUCAAAGGAAGACAUCUCAUCAGAAAACAGAUAAUCCUGGUAACUCUAUGCGUGCUAGUACAAAACCUUCGACAGCUUAUUCUAUUACUCGGGGUUGGCAUCUCAUGGAUGAAGGAGGUUCAUACUAUAUUUCAUUCGCUGAACUUGAAGAAGCAACUAAAAAUUUUUUCAAGAAAAUUGGGAAAGGAAGUUUUGGCAGUGUCUACUACGGCCAGAUGAAAGAUGGAAAAGAAGUGGCCGUCAAGAUAAUGGCUGAUUCAUGUAGCCAUCUGACACAGCAGUUUGUGACCGAGGUUGCCCUCUUGUCAAGAAUUCAUCACAGAAACUUGGUUCCUUUAAUCGGAUUCUGUGAAGAAGAGCAUCAGAGAAUUCUUGUUUACGAAUAUAUGCACAACGGAACUUUGCGUGAUCACAUACAUGGUAUAGACAACCGGAAAAGCUUGGAUUGGCUAACUCGGCUGCAGAUUGCUGAAGAUGCAGCAAAAGGCCUUGAGUACUUGCACACUGGAUGCAGCCCCAGUAUCAUACAUCGAGAUGUAAAAACGAGCAACAUUCUCCUAGACAUCAAUAUGAGAGCAAAAGUGUCAGAUUUCGGACUCUCAAGACAAGCUGAAGAUGAUUUAACCCAUAUAUCAAGUGUGGCACGAGGAACAGUCGGUUACCUGGAUCCUGAGUACUACGCAAAUCAGCAGUUGACAGAGAAAAGUGAUGUCUACAGUUUUGGUGUUGUCCUUUUGGAACUUAUCUCUGGAAAAAAGCCCGUCUCAACAGAAGAUUUUGGUGCUGAAAUGAACAUUGUGCAUUGGGCAAGGGCUUUGAUUCGAAAAGGCGAUGUGGUUAGCAUUGUGGAUCCAGUUCUAAUAGGAAAUGUCAAGAUUGAGUCAAUUUGGAGAGUAGCAGAAGUUGCUAUCCAGUGUGUCCAACAACGUGCAGUUUCCAGGCCAAGAAUGCAAGAAGUAAUCUUGUCUAUACAGGAAGCUAUCAAGAUAGAGAAAGGGACUGAUGGCAGCCAAAAACUUUCUAACAGUGGUAGUUCUAAGGCACAAUCUUCAAGAAAAACAUUACUCACAAGCUUCCUUGAGAUUGAGAGCCCUGACUUAUCAAAUGGUUGCUUAGUCCCAGCUGCCAGAUAGUUUUCUUCUAGCUUCAACCUCGAAAUAUGUAUAAUCUGUACCAAAAUCACCCAUGUUCAUUUAUGUUGUUUAUUUGCAAAUUUUCUUUUUUCUAAAACCAAAUUUUAAAAGGAAAGAGGCAUUGAAUUUUGAUUA